UGAGUCUUGAAGAUCAAAUCAAUCAGUUCAUUCCCAUCUUGCCUCGGGUAAUGUACAGUUUCUUUCUCCUAACGCGUAUCCCAUUUCAGUAUAGUUACCAGAAUACGUUAUAAUUUUAUAUAAACUAAAAUGUAUCUACAGAUAUUAACGAUAACAGCAUGUCUGUCGACACUGUCAAUUGCAAGUCCACUGCCAAUCAACGAACUCAACCCGACAAUAGCUAACAUAGAGAACUAUUUCGGAAACUUGGCAAAAUCUUUGAUUUUCAGACGCGCAGUCAAUUCAACGGAGAAGUAUCAAUCCGCGGAUGGCCUUACGCAAGUGGUGAUCCAACCUGCUGCAACGACAAAUCUACAGGAAAUUUUGUUCCAUCCAACCAACCAGCAUUUGGUGGCCCAGAACGAGACCGAGGUUUUCAGCAAUGGAACGAGCAAAGUACUUGUGGCCAAAGUUGAUCUCGUCACUGAAGUUACAGAGAUUCAGAAAACUUCUGAAACGACGUCUCCAGUAUCCACCACAACGACCUCAGAUCAAGCCGCGCCUAAAUCGCCAACAUCGACCAUACAGGUCUUGAAAGCCAUUCCUUCCUCAGUCGUGGCAGGAACGACCGAAUCUACCACUACUUUGGCUAAUUUGUCGACAAAAUCGAUUAGCACCCCAAAUUCGACGCCACAUGUUGCAAUCGUCACACCGGCAGUGAGUGAGGUGGUAAAUGCGACUUCCAGACCCACUACAACUGCGGAGCCCGAAUCCGAAUCGAAGGAGAUUCGGGACAAGGUCAAGGAGGUAGAAGCCGAGCCAGUCAUUUUGACUGUUGGCGUGUGAAAUUAUCACCUUUUAACAAUAUGUAAUUUAUAACAACCAAUGUAUUUUGAUAAGGAAAUUGUUUGUAAUAAAUAUAUUACGAUUCAGGCGUAUUAGCUCUAAGAUAUAA